GCUAAGGAAAUUUUAACAAAAGAAUCAAAUGUACAAGAGGUCCGCUGUCCUGUCACGGUCUGUGGAGAUGUGCACGGGCAGUUCCACGACCUUAUGGAGCUCUUCAGGAUCGGUGGGAAGUCGCCAGACACGAACUAUCUCUUCAUGGGCGACUACGUGGACAGAGGCUAUUACUCAGUGGAGACGGUGACUCUCCUCGUGGCGUUAAAGGUGCGUUACCCAGAGCGCAUCACGAUCCUGAGGGGGAACCACGAGAGCCGACAGAUCACACAGGUGUACGGCUUCUACGACGAGUGUUUGCGCAAGUACGGGAACGCAAACGUGUGGAAGUGCUUCACAGACCUGUUCGACUACCUUCCGCUCACGGCGCUGGUGGACGGGCAGAUAUUCUGCCUCCAUGGUGGCCUGUCUCCAUCCAUAGACACACUGGACCAUAUCAGAGCCCUGGACCGUUUACAGGAAGUUCCACAUGAGGGCCCCAUGUGCGAUCUGCUUUGGUCAGACCCCGAUGACCGUGGUGGCUGGGGCAUCUCCCCACGUGGCGCCGGCUACACAUUUGGACAGGACAUUUCCGAAACGUUCAACCACGCCAAUGGGCUCACGCUGGUUUCUCGUGCUCACCAGCUUGUGAUGGAGGGAUACAACUGGUGUCAUGAUCGCAACGUGGUGACCAUUUUUAGCGCACCCAAUUACUGCUACCGCUGCGGGAACCAGGCCGCCAUCAUGGAGCUGGACGACACCCUGAAAUACUCCUUCCUUCAGUUUGACCCCGCGCCUCGCCGUGGCGAGCCUCACGUGACCCGGCGCACCCCAGACUACUUCCUGUAAAUGCCACCUAGGAGACCCAGACUACUUCCUAUAAACGCCUCCUGGGAGACCUGCCUUUCUGUGUGGAAGUCACCUGGCUUUUUAAAAAUACGUGUGUUUAAAAACAAACAAAAAAGGCAGCAUAAUCCAAGCAUUGGGGUCUGUCUGGGCGCUAAACCACAUCGUAGACCAAAUGUGCCAUCCUGCUGAGGGUCGGCUGGCUCGGUGCGAGCCUGCAGUCCAGCCCCCUGCCCGAGGCCGGCAGGCCGACAGUCGGCUGUGUUCAUAGGAACCCUUCUCUCCGGACUGUUCGGGCAGAAGCGGUCACAAACUGCCUCAUCUCCUUUCGCGCUUACUUGGGAACCUUAGCCAGUGUUUAACUGGCAUGGAUCGGUAGAGGUGGAGUUUCUAAGAAAAAUUCACAAGCUAACUUCCACUUAGUCCAUUACCCUUCAUUUUAUUGAAAUGUAUAAUUAACUAAAGAAAAGACUCUUCAUGGGAGUACGUUGUCAUAACAUUUAAAGAGAUUUCCCUUCAUUUAAACUAAAUGACUGUUUUUAAUGUUGAUCUGCAUAUUUCUGUAUAUUUGUCAUGACAGUGCUUGCAUCCUCUUCAGUGUACUGAGCAAAUAAACUUUUCAUUUUAAAGAAAAACA